AUGCCAGGACCAUCCACCCGAAUCUACCUCGGCUGCCUCAAAAAGCUUUCGAUCACACUCCUUUCACUCCAAAUCAGCCUCGCCGUCGGGUUUGAAGACCAUCCUCCUCCGAGCAAUCAGGUCAUUCAUAACCGCCAGAUCAAAGGAACUACGGAAGUCACCAUUCCUAUCAAAGGACAUACCAUCUAUCCUCCUUUCGUAGAUACAGAUCUGCAGAAUCGGUGGUUUGACUUUGGUGGUUCAGCAAUUAUUGACACGAAUCGACAUGUGCGAUUAACCCAAAACCGAGCAUCCGAGGCAGGACACUUAUGGUCGAGAUAUCCACUCACUCAACCCAGUUUCCAAGUCGAGGUCGAAUUCAAGAUCGACGGCGAUUCUUCUUCUCUGUAUGGCGAUGGAAUGGCUGUUUGGUUGAGUAAACCCGCUCAGCAAAUCGGCCCGGUCUUCGGUUCAGCUGAUUCUACGUGUACACCGACGGAAAUUUUGCUCUUCGUCUCAGCUGAUGAAUACCUCUCUCUCAUUAAGUAUGCAUUUCCGCGGAUUCUAGGAAUGAUCAACCACGGAUACACCUCAUUUGAUGUUGGGCAAGAUGGGGAUGGCCAAGAAGCAGGCGCAUGUUCGUAUCUAGUACGACGAUCAGAUGUGGCAACUAAAUUGCAGAUCAAUUAUGUUCGAGGACGGUUCCUAGAGGUAAACGUCCGACUUGAACUAUCCAUGGUGGUGACACAGAUCACUGACCUUAAGGACCUUUUGCCUGUCACAUCGCACAGCUGUUGGUUCAGCAUGACAAAUGGGAUGAUGGGACCAUUGUUUUACGGUAUCAAACUACACAUUACCCGAGAACAUAUACCUAGGAUUUUCAGCUCAUACGGAUGCGCACGACAUCUUAUCAGUAACGACAAACGGACUAGUUUAUCAUCCACCGCAUACACCAAAGAAAGGCUCGAAAUCGUAUCCCGAAUGGAAUGGGAAUACAGCUGGUGGGAUCGGAUCGGAUAUUUCUCGAAAUAUCAACAAGAAGUUAUGAAGAAGUUUUGA